CGGUACUUCCGGUAUGCCUACAACUAGCUCCGGUAAGCUUUGCGGAGUCUCUCCGUUAUAAACGCGCUGUGUGCGGUACUCUGCCGCCUCAGGCCCCGGGAAAAACUUGUGGACUAUCCGGUGUCGAUCAAUCACAACCCGAGCGAGUCUGUCCGGUGCUAACGGAACUUUUAACGUCAGAAAACUACGCAGAUAGCGGACCGAAGACCGGGCGGGCUUCCUGCUCCAGUAACCGAGUUCCCGGACACCCCCCCCCCCGGCUGUGGUCCGGUCCAGCGGACGCUCUAACCCGCUCCACCCUGCGGGUCACCGGGAGGGGAACACCAUGGAGUUUCGGUGGAGCCUCGCCCCGUGCCGGGACACGGUGAGGUAACGCGAGCCGCGCUCACAGACCCUCGUCCCGGCAGAGACCUGUUGCAGCUUCCCGCUGACGCAGAGACGAUGAGCGGAGCCGCCGCGACCUUUCUGCUGCUGCUGCUCAGCGGCCGAGCUGCCCUCACGGUCGGCCGGUCCCUGAACGCACCGCGGGACGGUAACGACGGUCUGACCGCAACCGUCACAGGUGUCGACAGAGGGUGGCGCCCCCUGCUGGAGAAGACACGUCCCUUUGUACUGAUGGACGGAGAGAGACGGAGCCUCACCGAAGCGUUACAGUACGGUCACCCCAACAGAUUGCAGUGUGGACUGGAGGUGGGAGGACAACUCUUCCUGUUGGACCUGGAGAAGAACCACGACCUUCUGCCUAAACCACCCAACGUCUUCUACUACCUGCCCAACGGAACCGGCGUGUCUGUGACAGCCAACCCUGUGACUCACUGUUAUUACCAAGGCAGUGUCAGGGGAUUCCCUCAGUCCAGAGUGGCUCUGAGCACCUGCUCCGGACUCAGAGGCGUCAUAGCCAUCAACUCCACGCUGAGCUUCGAGCUGCAGCCCCAGGAGGACGACCACCAUAACCCCGGCCAGCAGGGGCAGGAGGAGUGGGGAGGAGGGGAGACUGGAGAAGAUGGUGGUGAAGGAAGUGGAGGUCGAGAAGGAGGUGAAGAAGGAGUCCAUUUAUUGUUCUCCACUAGUCCUCUGGAGGGCGAUGUUGCUGGAGGCUGCGUGGUGUCACACACCGCUCUCCCCCCGAUCCACAGCUUCACUCACACACACAGGAAAAAGAGAGACAUCUUGACAGAGACGAAAUACAUCGAGCUUGUGCUGGUGGCUGAUCACCAGGAGUUCAUGAAUUAUCAGAAGAACAACAACACCAUCAUCUACCGCAUGCUGGACGUGGCCAACCAGGUGGACUGGUUCUACCGUCCUCUGAACGUGCGGGUGGCUUUGACCGGUCUGGAGAUCUGGAGCGACCGAGACAAGAUCCAGGUGGAGAAGAGUCCCACGGACACACUCAACAACUUCCUGGAGUGGAGAACCAGAGAGCUGCUGCCACGCCUUCGCCAUGACAACGCCCAGCUUGUCAUGGGCGGGUCAUUUGACGGCACCACAGUGGGGAUGGCGUCCCAGUCGUCCAUGUGCUCCAGAGACAGGUCCGGUGGAGUUAACGUGGAUCACCUGGUCAGCGUGGUGGGCGUGGCCUCUACUGUGGCACAUGAGCUUGGUCACAAUUUGGGGAUGAGCCACGACACGGCCGAACGCCGCUGCUCCUGUCAGAAUGAGCCGCGUCUAGGAGGAUGCAUCAUGGAGCCGUCGACCGGGUUCAUGCCAGGUCAGCAGUUCAGCAGCUGCAGCGCCGCAGACCUGUCCGUCAGUCUGCUGCACGGGGGGGGGAUGUGUCUCUUCAACGUCCCACAGCCCGACCUCCUGCUGGGAGGACCUCGCUGUGGAAACCUGUACCUGGAGCGAGGAGAGGAGUGUGACUGUGGCCUGCUGGAGGAGUGUGAUGACCCUUGCUGUAAUGCAUCCACGUGUCAGCUGCUUCCUGGAGCUCAGUGUUCUUCUGAUGGAAUCUGUUGUCACAACUGCAAACUGCGAGCAGCGGGCUCGGUGUGUCGGGAGCCGAUUGGAGAAUGUGACCUCCCUGAGUUCUGCACCGGCUCCUCCCCCCACUGUCCACCCAAUGUCUUCCUGCAGAACGGAGAGCUCUGUGAGGAUGGCGCCUCCUACUGCCACGGAGGAGUUUGUGCCAGCAUGAACACCCAGUGUCAGACGCUGUGGGGACCCAACGCCACCAGUGCUCCGGCCGUCUGCUUCUCAUCUGUCAAUAAACAAGGAAACAAACAUGGGAACUGUGGUCAGCUUAACAACAGAUCCUACAUCCCCUGUGGAAACUCUGACGUUCACUGCGGACGAAUUCAGUGUCAAGGCGGGAGAGAGCGCCCCCUGCUGGGCACCAACGCAGAGAUCCUCACCACCACUGUCCGCUUCAAUGUCAGUGACCUCAUCUGCAGAGGAACUUUCUUCCACCUCGGAGAUGACGUGUCCGACCCUGCCACUGUGGCCCAGGGCACCGCCUGCGGACCCGCAAAGGCCUGUUUGAACCAGAGGUGUCAGAACGUGUCCGUGUUCGGCGUUGACGACUGUCGCAGGAAAUGUAACGGCCAUGGGGUGUGUAACAGUAAUAGUAACUGUCACUGUGAUGUGGGCUGGGCUCCACCUGACUGCAGGCACUCCGGUCAUGGCGGCAGCGUGGACAGCGGCCCGGCCUCAGCUGCAGCAGAGUCGGACCCGGUCAGAGUCGCCCUGCUCGUUGUCUUCCUCUUCAUCCUGCCAGUGCUCCUCCUCUUCCUCGCUCUUCGCUUCCCUCGUGUGCGUCGGAGUCUUCUCUGUCUCAGACCAAACAGCCCUUUUCGCAAAGCUCGACAACACAACCGUGUUACUCACAGUGAGAUGUGGGACUUGGAGUUUGACCAUAUCCACAUCUCCAGAACUAAGACGAUGGAGCGAGUGGACGACGGCGAUCAGGUCCAAGCACUGAGAUACCACCUGAACCCACAGGCUGACAUCCCAAUGACGCCCCCCCGCAAAGAGGUUCAUGACAGACCUGCUCCUCCCACUAAGCCUCUCCCCCCUGACCCCACCCUAAACUCCCUGCCGCAGCAGCUGCUGGGUCGACCAGCUCCUCCCAACAAGCCACUCCCCCCUGACCCCGUCACACCUGGACAGGUUCCUCUUCCACUCAAACCUAUCGUGCCAAAGAAGCCCCGCCCCCUGGCGCCACCAUCCCAUCCCCACCUUCCCCCUCUCCCACCUCAACCCGCUGCCUGCACCUCCAACACCAAAAUCCGGCCGCACAGCACCGUCGCACCUACAGGGCCUUCCAAAAGACGACCUCCUGCUCCUCCCACUCGACCCACCAUUCCUCAGAAAGUCGAGUCCUCGUCGCUGCUUUGAGCUCCAUGGUUGAGUCUCCAGCGGACCUGAGGAUGACAAAGACAGUGAUGAUGAAGACUUUUCCAUCAUCAUCACUGGGUUUCUCAUUUAAAUCCUUCAUGAACUCACGGAAACUGUCUGUACCUGUUAGUGCCUGGCUCAACAGCACCUCAGCAGUGGACACUCAGGAAUCAAUCUUGUGAUCUUUGAUCCCAGUGGGUGUGUCAGAGGUGUCCUGGUGUCAGAAAACAGCGUCCCCUGGAGGCUCAGGGGGCAAUUGCCUUGCUUGAGGACACAGGAAUCUAACCUAUGAGUAAAGUCUGAUUUACAUAGUAGUUAACAAACUGAGGUGCAGCGCCAUCUGCAGGACCCCAAGGAGGUUCCUGUGAAAAACGUCUUUAGUUAAAUAACAUAAAGAUGAAGAUUUAAUUCGUUGGUGUAACAAACUCGACAUUUUUCUUCUUCUUCUACUAAACCUUCAUCAAACUGUCGUUUAAACAUUUGGGGAUGAAUUACAUCUAAAAAGCUGAGACUGAGAGAAAUCUUUUAAUUUUCAUUAUUUGAGAAACGAAAAAUCAUAUUUCAAGAAGAAAGCUCUAAUUAUUUAAUUAAGUUGAAAUAUUUUCAGAAAAAAUGACGAGGAACGAUAUUUUCAGUAACUAGUACAAUUUAAGACUUAAUUCAUAGAAUCCAUCAACCUGACAACAUGUCACAACUGUGUUUUUGGAAUGUUUUACCUUUUUGAUAAAAUAUUUCUCUUAUUUUAUAUUUCAAUUAUAUCUAGACUUUUUUUAAACUCGUGGCCACGAUGCUUCGGAUCAACUUUUACUGCCUUCGCCGAUGAGACAGAGAAUUUUCUGACCAACAAUGUUUUCUGGACGUGAUCUGGCUCAAAAGGAAGUGAAGCCUUAACUGAAGUCACCGGUUCUAACUGGGUUUGGCUGCGCUGGAUGAGGAUGAGCAGGAUGAGUUAAGUGUGGAUGCAAAACUGUGAUUUUGAAAAAGGAUGUGUGGAAUUUUACUUCCUUCAAACUGUUUGUGACUUGAAACAGUUUAGCUUCCAUCAGAAUCGAUGACUCGUCAGUUUGUCUUCGUCCACACUCGUGUCCCAGCUUCACACUCUGUCAAACAUCACGUCCUAACUUUAUGUAAAUAUAUUUUAUAUAUUUGUUUUACACUAUAUUUAGUUUUAUACACAAACCAUUUGAAAUUAAAAGAACAUCGACAUGUUAUUAAAUCAAAAGGCUGCAGAAUGAUCGAUAAACUUAAGUUUAAUUUCAAAUUCUUUCUGUUUAACUUCAGUUUAACUUCAGUUAAGUUUUACUUGAGUUAACAAACAGACACACAGCAACAUGUACAUUGUAGAAUUUAUCAAACCACUGCAGGACCGAAUGUUUUCACCCAACGAUCCUUAAAUCAUUCAGAUCGAAUGAUUUACCUGCUGGUGCUCUUGCUCAAUAAAAACAGUUUCUACAUCA